CCGUCUGUACGUCAGUAUUAUUGAGCUGUGGUGAGAUCUUCAUCCUCAGCACAUUAACCUCAUUAAACAGCUCCCCUUUUUACGGUUUUAAUGAACUCGACUGAAGCAGCAUCAUGAACAAAUGCUUAAUGUUACUCUUUCUGUCUUCGCUGAUGGUAAAUGCUGUGUAUGAUAAUACAGAUGAAGUGAAGUCAGUGAUGGAGGGUGAAUCUGUUACUCUACGCACUUAUAUUGUCAAACAGAGAGAUGAGAAGAUUGCGUGGAAUUAUGGACCUGACAACACUUUUAUUGCCAGAUUUACUGGAAAGACCAAUCACAGCAUGUUAUCUGAUGAUGAAAGGUUUAGAGGCAGAGUAAGGCUGGAUAAUAAGACUGGAGAUCUCAUCAUCACAAACAUCACAACUCAACACUCUGGAGAUUAUAAACUAAAGAUUACCAGAAACAAUGAAUUCUCAAAUAAGAAAUUCAGUGUUACUGUCUAUGCUCGUCUGCCUAUUCCUGACAUCUCCAGAUAUUCAACACAAUGUUCUUCUUUAUUUUCAUCAUCAUCAUCAAACUGUUCAUUAUUGUGUUCAGUGUUGAAUGUGAGAGAUGUGAGUCUGUCCUGGUAUAAAGGAAACAGUUUAUUGUCCAUCAUCAGUGUCCCUGGCCUUAAAACAAGCGCAUCUCUUCAUCUGGAGGUGGAUUAUCAAGAUAACAACACAUACAGCUGUGUACUCAACAAUACCAACACAAACCAAACUCAACACCUCAACAUCAAUGCAGUCUGUCAGACGUGUUUAGUUUAUUUUUUAGAUUCUACUUUUGGGACGUUCAUUAUGAUUCAAGUUGUAUUUGCUGGUGUGAUCAUCGCUGCUCUCUACAAACACAAAAGAGAUAAGAGUAAAGAAAGUCCCAUGACACCAACACAAGAACCUCUGAUGAGGAAACAGAUGGAAUUGGAACAAAUGGGUGAAGAAAAGUAUGGUGUAAGUGCGGUGUGACACCUUUUGAGCAUGUAAGGAGCCAUCCAUCGGCAUGAUGAAGGAAUCCAAUGGUGUUGGUGAACAUAUCUCAUGUGCUCAGCCUUUCCUUGGCACUUCUGACAGAAUUGGCUCCGUUUCUUAGUCCAUAUCAUAUAAUAAAAAAUUUAAUCUGAUCGUGGUCAUUAUUUUACUCAUAACCUGAAAAUAGUUACUAUAAUUUACAUUAUUUUACACAAAAUGCUUCGUCAAAAGACCUAAAUAUGGAGGUACUAAGGUAAUACUGAAUCCAGCUGGGUUCAACAGCAUUUUCAUCAAACCUACAUGAGGUAUUUUCCAUUUAACUUAAGGUAUUCUCCAAAUACACUAGAAACCAAUGACCCAUCUAAGUUAAAAUUGUGGCACAUACAAAUUAAAACUGGUAUUACUCCUUUCAUGUAUUCAGUAGAGGCCUAAAGGACUUUAAAGAUAACUAUAACGUUAACUAUGCUGCUGUGUCGAAAUUCGUUCCCAAGCUCUCAAGGUUGUAAAUCACUAUAUAAUGUACAGAUUUAGACACUGGUAAGGACUAGCGCACUUCACAAUGGGACACUGUUCACUUAUUUUCCUCUGAAGUGGCUGCUUAUCCACGUUGUGAUCAUUCACGGCUGUUAUUCAUCAAUAACUUCAUGAUUUCAAGUAAAUUGUCAAAUACGCUUUCAAUAUUCUCUUACAUAU